GACGCUAAUUUAUUUGCAGUAUUAAUAAACAGUUGAUAUUCACUAGUUCGGUUCCGCUAAGAAAAUUAGAAUAAAGUUUGUUUCUACCAUAAAAAUGGAUAUAACCUCUGAAAUAAGAUGUCGUACAUGCAUAAAGCCCGCCUCAAGCUACCAGUCUUUACAACAAACGAUUAACGAAAUAGAUAUUCACAAAAAAACUUACGGCGACCUAUUAAAUGACUUAUUGCAAAUGGACAGUAUAAUUAUUGAAGAUCAUUUACCGCAAAAAAUCUGCAAAAAGUGUGCUAGUUUACUAAAAAAAAUAUACGCAUUUAUCCUGGAAGCACAGAGACGUCAUGAGGAAUUUACGCAGCAUUUAGGCGGCAUUGCAACUCAGAACUGUUUAAGGGAAAUUCCUAUAGAUUUGCCUCCUACAAAAGAAAUGCAAAUUAAGAUAGAUCCUGAAGAAACAGAAGAGCCGCACAAUUUGUUAGAACUAGUGGAAGUGCAAAUUAAAACAGAGCCAGGAAUAACGGAGGAAUCGUACUCUUCGCAAGAAGGUAGAAAAAUACAAAUUGAUGUAUCUUUAAAACCUAGUUUGAAUCUCGACUCCGACAGUAAGACUGAGGAACAGAUUCUAAGUGAUGAUCGCCUAAAAAAUGUAUGCAACGACACCAAUGAUGCAUUAUCAGCAACAGAAGAUGAAACAAAAGAAGACUUCAGAAUAUCUCAAACAUUUUUGGCUGUACGUUGUGACAUCUGCGAUAAAGUCUAUGACAACGCAGUUGCCUUAAAAAUACAUAAAACUUAUACCCAUAUGCCAGAGGAACAAAAAAUUCCUUGUGCGCUAUGUAGUUUUAGGACUAGCCGAACGUCAGCGAUAAAAGUUCAUUUAAGAACCAUACACGGUCCAGAAAUGGUUGAUAAAUAUUUCAAACCUCGCAGAGCUAAAGGAAGCUUUUGCUGCACAUUAUGUCCCAAACGUUAUAGUCGAAAAGAUGAUUUGCAAAGACAUGUUAAAAAAAUACAUAUUAAUGGUGAGAAUAUAGAAAAGAAACCAAAAUCAGAACAGAAGUCCAAAAAAAGGUCAAAUCAGACUUAUUUAUGUACUUUCUGUGGCCAAUCAUUUGCCGAAAAUGGAACCUUAAGCAAACAUGUACGAAUUCACACCGGUGAUAGCCCAUUUAAAUGUGAAUUCUGUGAAAAAGCCUUUAAACGCUCGGAUAGCUUGAGAUAUCAUUUGGUUACACAUAGCGAUGAGAAACCUCACAUUUGUUCAGAGUGUGGUAAAUCCUUUAAACGCAAAGAUAAAUUGCGCACACACAUGCGUGUGCAUUCAGAAUUACGCCCUUAUAAGUGCACCGAGUGCGAAAAAACUUUCAAGUAUUCAUCUGUGCUUAAAACGCAUAUGCAAAUUCAUACUGGUCAAACACCGUUCUCAUGUAGAACUUGUGGUGAAAAUUUUUCGUUAAGGACUUCUCUAAAUAUACAUUGUGUAAAAAUGGGCCAUUUGCAAUAAGAAAAAAUUGGACUUUAAUUGAAAAACUAAUUUAAAAUUCAUGUUUAUUAUUUUGCCUUCUACACAUGAAAUUUUUUAUUUAUUAUUACGGAGAAUAUGUUAUUGUUUUAUAAAGUAUUUAGCUUAAUAGGAAUAAAGGGCUGAAGGAAAGACUGUAAAUGCCACAUCCUACAGCAGCAUUUACCGAGGAAAUCGGACGAUUAGUUUAAAAAUAUGCAUUUUUUGUAUUUAUUUAAAGUCAAUGUAGCUAUAAUGUCGGAAGAUGAGUUUAA